AUGAGUGAACAGGACAUCGUCACGGUUUCCACGACGCCCAUAGCCACUAAUUCACCACCUAAUACCGAGGUAAAAAAAGAGUCAGAGGAAAAGAAAAUCCUGGUGGACACUACGGCGGGAGAGACGACACUUUUAAAGCCCGUGGUUAAGCAGAAGGCGGCCAUUGAUGUCGACAAGACCGUUACACCCCCCGCGAAACGUCGUACCCCUAGCCCUCGUAUGAUGAAGAAAUCCAAAGAAUCGGACAUAAAAGUAGCGGACGGUGAAGAUACGGAGUCAGAGCCGGAGAAACCGCCAAAGAAGCGCGUCAAGACGACAAAAAAGACGGGAAAACCCCCUGGACGCAAGAAAAAAGUGGUGGUGGUUGAAUCAGAAGAAGAUCAUGCAAUGGAUGAACAAAUGGAAGCAGAAAAAAAGGUGAAUGCAUUGAGUGACGAGAUCAAAAGUAGGUUUGGACAGAUUGUCUGGGCUAAAAUGGGUGGAUAUCCUUAUUGGCCAUGCAUUAUUACGGAUCCGAGACUACUGCCUUCGAAAUUACAAGAGACGGCGUUAAAGGUGUUGGAGACGAAAUACCUUGUCUUUUUUUACGUGUCGAAUAACUUCGCCCCUGUUUCGUUUAAAAGGAUUGAAUCGUGGGAUGAUACCAAGUUUAAGUAUCGUGAAGGACAUCCGGAGAAGGAUUCGAAGGCCCCGAAACGACGAGUUAAACUUAUGGAGGCAAUUGAAGCAGCAGAUAAAGAGACAAAGUUGCCGAUUGAAGAGCGAGCGAAUGGUCUUGUAAGGCCGAUAGAGAGAGCUGAGAAGCCGGUCGAGAUGCCGGCACCUGCCAAACGAAAGCCAGGCCGACCACCAAAAAACAAGACAGCUGGUAAUGCUGUACCGAAGAGUACGCCGAAAAAGCGACAAACAAAAGGCGAUGACGCGAAAGAGAUGGCGGGUGGCAUUGGAGGAAAAGAAGCUAUGGCUGUGACCACACAAGAAGAGGAAGAGGAUGCAACAGGGUCAACGCUCAGCAAGGAAGAAAUUAAGGCAAAGGUGGCAAGCCGCAAAACGCCAAAGAAGAAAGGAACUGAUGACAGCGUCAAUGCUGCAGGAGCGUCCGUAAAGAAGGCGCAUAAAGUCAUUGCCAAGCACGGGAAAUUGAACGGCUCUGCUGAGAUUGAUAGCAAGCGAAAGAAGGAAAUUGAGCUUGUGGUUCCUCACAAGACCGUGAAGUCAGCUGAUAUUCGUGAGAUGACGGAGGAAGCUGCCAGGAAGAAACUGAGUGGUCCGAGAAAUAAGAAGAAGAAAGACAAGGGAGCCUACCAAGUUGGCGAUCUUGCCUCGUUUGCGAGCAAAAUGGCACGGCUGCAUGCAAAAGAGUCGGCUCGGAAUAAUGAUGAGCUGGUUGGUAUGAUGGAACAGCUGUUUAAGGAAACGCUCAUGUAUCGUUCAGACGUGGAAAGAUCGGGUUUGGCUGCCAUUAUUGCUAUAUUACGCAAAAGCUUAAGCCCUACUGUGGGCCAGACGGCAAGCGCACUUCGAAAGCACAUGAUCGACAUCUUGGAAGACGACACAGAUAUGAAACCCCAUUUAGGCAAGAAGCCGCACGAAGGUGCUUCUGAACACGGUACAAAGAAGCGAAAGGCUGAAAAUGGCAGUUCUGUGAAGCCAGAGGAGCAGCAGCAAUCUUUGGUGGAUUCGUCAUCCUUAGCUACAGCAAACACGGACGUUAAAGAAAAUGUGGCGAAAGCUGCUUCGCUACCUGUCACUGCACCACCUACAAAGGAAGCAGAGGACGCGUUGCCAAAGGAGGACGUAGUGAUGAAAAUGGAGCAGGUCAGUAGUAAGCCAGUCGAAGAUGUGCCAGUGAAGGUUGGAGCUUCGAAUGUUGUAUCGCUGAAAGCUGAGCAUGCCGUUAAGAUUGACAAACCAACUGCGGAUAAGCGAUCAUCGUCUUUGGACGAAAAACCCGGCAAUGGUGUAAUGAAAGACAAUGAGGACAUACUUGAAGUACAGGAUCACGUUGACAAGAAUCGAAUCACCGUCGUGGACAUGCUGCGCAAAAUCCUUGACAAUGGCAAGUCAAAGGGCGUGGACGCGGCAAAAGAGAUUGAGGCAGCAUUGUUUGAGCGAUUUAAGGAGACCAACGACGAUUAUUUGGCCCAAGCGCGUAUCAUCAUAUUUGGCCUGAAGGAGAACGCUCCUAUGCGAGACCGGCUUUUCUCUGGUGCUAUGCACUGUCUGGAGUUUGCUUACGCUGAUGAUGCGUUUUUCUCCACGACGACGGAAUGA